AUGCUAUCGCUGCCAUUAUGGUACGAUAUGCAUCGUUCAACUGCACUGCAUCCGCACCGCACCAUCCUUUGCUCUUCCAUUAGACUGCACCCGUUCUCUCAUUCGCUUCUUCAUUUCACUGCGCCCGCUCUCCCCUCAACCCUUCACGUUCUGUCGAUUGCUGCUGGCUUGCACUGGCAACUUUGGUUGCUUCUCGUGCUUGCACUCACUGUGUGUGGCUCCCUGUGGUACAGGGCGUGCUGGCUCUACAUUCUGCACAAGCCUUGCUGUUCCAAGGGGAGGCAGCAGAGGGAGGAGGCACUUGGAAGGCGGCAGUGGGAUGAUGCAGAGCAGCGGCGCCCUGCCCUCACAGCCCCCCAGAGCAGCGGCGCCUCUCCCUCACAACCCCCCAGAGCAACGGCGCCUCUCCCUCACAACCCCCCAGAGCAGCGGCGCCUCUCCCUCACAGCCCCCCAGAGCAGCGGAGCCUCUCCCUCACAGCCCCCCAGAGCAGCGGCGCCUCUCCCUCACAGCCCCCCAGAGCAGGGGCGCCUCUCACUCAGCCCCCCAGAGCAGGGGCGCCUCUCCCUCACAGCCCCCCAGAGCAGGGGCGCCUCUCCCUCACAGCCCCCCAGAGCAGGGGCGCCUCUCCCUCACAGCCCCCCAGAGCAGCGGCGCCUCUCCCUCACAGCCCCCCAGAGCAGCGGCGCCUCUCCUUCACAGCCCCCCAGAACAUGGGCGCCUCUCCCUCACAGACCCCUAGAGCAGGGGCGCCUCUCCCUCACAGCCCCCCAGAGCAGGGGCGCCUCUCCCUCACAGCCCCCCAGAGCAGCGGCGCCUCUCCCUCACAGCCCCCCAGAGCAGCGGCGCCUCUCCCUCACAGCCCCCCAGAGCAGGGGCGCGUCUCCCUCACAGCCCCCCAGAGCAGGGGCGCCUCUCCCUCACAGGCCCCCAGAGCAGGGGCGCCUCUCCCUCACAGGCCCCCAGAGCAGGGGCGCCUCUCCCUCACAGGACCCCAGAGCAGGGGCGCCUCUCCCUCACAGCCCACCAGAGCAGUGGCGCCUCUCCCUCACAGCCCCACAGAUCAGGGGCGCCUCCUCCUCACAGCCCCCCAGAGCAGCGGCGCCUCUCCCUCACAGCCCCCCAGAGCAGCGGCGCCUCUCCCUCACAGCCCCCAAGAGCAGGGGCGCCUCUCCCUCACAGCCCCCCAGAGCAGCGGCGCCUCUCCCUCACAGCCCCCAAGAGCACGGGCGCCUCUCCCUCACAGCCAGAGCAGGGGUGCCUCUCCCUCACAGCCCCCCAGAGCAGGGGCGCCUCUCCCUCACAGCCCCCCGGAGCAGGGGCGCCUGCUCCUCAGCCCCGCGGGGCAGGGGCGCCCCCUCCUCACAGCCCCCUAGAGCAGCGGCGCCUCCUCCUCACAGCCCCCCAGAGCAGGGGCGCCUCCUCCUCACAGCCCCCCAGAGCAGGGGAGCCUCUCCCUCACGGCCCCCCAGAGCAAGGGCGCCUCUCCCUCACAGCCCCCCAGAGCAGGGGCGCCUCUCCCUCACAGCCCCCCAGAGCAGGGGCGCCUCUCCCUCACAGGCCCCCAGAGCAGGGGCGCCUCUCCCUCACAGGCCCCCAGAGCAGCGGCGCCUCUCCCUCACAGCUCCCCAGAGCAGCGGCGCCUCUCCCUCACAGCCCCACAGAGCAGGGGCGCCUCCUCCUCACAGCCCUCCAGAGCAGCGGCGCCUUUCCCUCACAGGCCCCCAGAGCAGCGGCGCCUCUCCCUCACAGCCCCCCAGAGCAGCGGCGCCUCCUCCUCACAGCCCCCCAGAGCAGGGGAGCCUCUCCCUCACAGCCCCCCAGAGCAGCGGCGCCUCUUCCUCACAGCCCCCCAGAGCAGCGGCGCCUCUCCCUCACAGCCCCCCAGAGCAGCGGCGCCUCCUCUUCACAGCCCCCCAGAGAAGCGGCGCCUCCUCCUCACAGCCCCCCAGAGCAGGGGCGCCUCUCCCUCACAGCCCCCCAGAGCAGCGGCGCCUCUCCCUCACAGCCCCCCAGAGCAGGGGCGCCUCUCCCUCACAGCCCCCCAGAGCAGGGGCGCCUCUCCCUCACAGCCCCCCAGAGCAGCGGCGCCUCCUCCUCACAGCCCCCCAGAGCAGCGGCGCUUCGCCCUCACAGCCCCCCAGAGCAGCGGCGCCUCUCUCUCACAGCCCCCCCAGAGCAGGGGCGCCUCUCCCUCACAGGCCCCCAGAGCAGGGGCGCCUCUCCCUCACAGCCCCCCAGAGCAGGGGCGCCUCUCCCUCACAGGCCCCCAGAGCAGGGGCGCCUCUCCCUCACAGGCCCCCAGAGCAGCGGCGCCUCUCCCUCACAGCCCCCCAGAGCAGCGGCGCCUCGCCCUCACAGCCCCCCAGAGCAGGGGCGCCUCGCCCUCACAGCCCCCCAGAGCAGGGGCGCCUCUCCCUCACAGCCCCCCAGAGCAGCGGCGCCUCCUCCUCACAGCUCCUCAGAGCAGCGGCGCCUCUCCCUCACAGCCCCCCAGAACAUGGGCGCCUCCUCCUCACAGCCCCCCAGAGCAGCGACGCCUCUCCCUCACAGCCCCCCAGAGCAGGGGCGCCUCUCCCUCACAGCCCCCCAGAGCAGGGGCGCCUCUCCCGCACAGGCCCCCAGAGCAGGAGCGCCUCUCCCACACAGCCCCCCAGAGCAGGGGCGCCUCUCCCUCACAGCCCCCCAGAGCAGGGGCGCCUCACCCUCACAGCCCCCCAGAGCAGGGGCGCCUCGCCCUCACAUCCCCCCAGAGCAGGGGCGCCUCGCCCUCACAGCCCCCCAGAGCAGGGGCGCCUCGCCCUCACAGCCCCCCAGAGCAGGGGCGCCUCGCCCUCACAGCCCCCCAGAGCAGGGGCGCCUCUCCCUCACAGCCCCCCAGAGCAGCGGCGCCUCUCCCUCACAGCCCCCCAGAGCAGCGGCGCCUCUCCCUCACAGCCCCCCAGAGCAGCGGCGCCUCUCCCUCACAGCCCCCCAGAGCAGCGGCGCCUCUCCCUCACAGCCCCCCAGAGCAGCGGCGCCUCUCCCUCACAGCCCCCCAUAGCAGGGGCGCCUCUCCCUCACAGCCCCCCAGAGCAGGGGCGCCUCUCCCUCACAGCCCCCCAGAGCAGGGGCGCCUCUCCCUCACAGCCCCCCAGAGCAGGGGCGCCUCUCCCUCACAGCCCCCCAGAGCAGGGGCGCCUCUCCCUCACAGCCCCCAGAACAGUGGCGCCUCUCCCUCACAGCCCCCCAGAGCAGCGGCGCCUCUCCCUCACAGCCCCCCAGAGCAGCAAAGCUCCCUCCUCAGAGCUCCCCAGAGCAGCGACGCCUCCUCCUCACAGCCCCCCAGAGCAGGGGCGCCUGUCCUUCACAGCCCCCCAGAGCAGGGGCGCCUCUCCCUCACAGCCCCCCAGAGCAGGGGCGCCUCUCCCGCACAGCCCCCCAGAGCAGGGGUGCCUCUCCCUCACAGCCCCCCAGAGCAGGGGCGCCUCUCCCUCACAGCCCCCCAGAGCAGGGGCGCCUCUCCCUCACAGCCCCUCAGAGCAGGGGCGCCUCUCCCUCACAGCCCCCCAGAGCAGGGGCGCCUCUCCCUCACAGCCCCCGAGAGCAGGGGCGCCUCUCCCGCACACCCCACAGUCCCAUCCCACAGUCCCACCCCACAGUCCCACGCCACAGUCCCACCCCACAGUCCCAUCCCACAGUCCCACCCCACAGUCCCAUCCCACAGUCCCAUCCCACAGUCCAACUCCACAGUCCCACCCCACAGUCCCACCCCACAGUUCCACCCCACAGUCCCAUCCCACAGUCCCCUCCCACAGUCCCACCCCACAGUCCCAUCCCACAGACAGUAGGGUAGCCAUGCCGCCGAUCGCGCGAAAGAAGAAACCGGGGGGAGGAGGUCUUGGCGCAGUCAGGCUGAGCGCCAAGCCUCUCACGACGUGGUCAGAUGGAUCGGGAGCGACAGACGCGUCCACUGGAUUCGCACAUCAAGACCCUCCUGCUCCUGCCGCGCAGCUCGAAUCUCCUCAGUCCGUGCCUCGCGGAUCUCACGCUGCGUCGCACGCUCUGCCUGCUGCGAUCGAUGGCAGUCAAGCAACCCGAACCCAUUCCACCGUCGCAUCUCAACCGUCGGAUUCACAUCGGCAACCGUCGAUCCGGGACGUGCAUCCGGCAGAUCCGCUUGACGUUUUGCUGCCGGAAUCCGCGAAGCAGCAUCUGCUUGCAGCGACGGACCCCGCACACCCUCCACACGCAACUGCUAGGGGAGGAGCAAUAGCUGUUUCCAAGAAAGGAAUUUCGCAAUCGGUCGCAGCGACAUCUAUCGUUGCUCCUGCUAGCAGAUCGUCAACCGCACAGCUUCAACCCUCCACCGCGACAUCGUCGCAAGGGCAAGGCGCGGUUCCUCCCGCGUUUGCUCCCGCUCCCCGCGCUGCAGCUUCCGCUCCGCACGGCCCGUCGUCGUCUGCCGCGAGUGGCGCGGCCGCGCCGAUUAAGAUCAUCGGGCUCUCCGGCAAGUCGUCGCGUUCGUCGCUCGUUAAAGGCAAGCCGCUGGUCGCUCGUUCCGCGAUCACUCCCUCUCCCGCUGUAACCCAUAAUGCUGCCAACAACGCUCCUGCCACCGCGGCUAGCAGCAGCAGCAGCAGCGGCAGAAGUGUCAGCCUGUCUACUCUCACUGGUGCUCCUUCCGUCGCAUCUAUCCCCGCUAAUGGCAUUCCCGCUGCAACGCCAGCACCUUCGGUUACACCCGUUGCGCUUACGAAUUCUUCUGCUCUGUCGAAUCACGCGGAGCCUGCAGCGAGUCCUUUUCUUGGCUUCGACGACGCGAACGAUCUGGGCGCGGAUGCUUCACGCGCACCUACUCGCCCCGCCUCGUCCUCCGCCGCGGUCCCCGCGCCUCUCCUCCCCCCCGCGGCAGUGCCGUUCUUUGACUCCCCGCUCGCCUCAGCCGCACCUGCGCCACCCUUUCCCCUCGCACCAGCAUCCCCCACCUCACGGCUGUCCGCGCCGCAGCUGAGUGCUGCGAGCAGUGGCGGCGGGCCUGGCGGUGAGAAGCAGACGCAGGCGGCGGAGGAGCAGCAGGCGAGGGAUGCGCAGAUGGAGCAGGCGAGGGAGCGGGAGAAGCAGCGGCAAAUGGAGGAAGAGAGUCGGAAAGAGCGCGAGCAACAGGAGCGCGAGCGGUUGGAGCAGUUGCGGAUGGAAGAGGAGAGGAGGGAGAGGGAGAGGUUGGAAGAGGAGCGGAGGGAGAAGGAGAGGAAGGAGAAGGAGCGACAGGAGCAGCUUAGGGUUGAGCGGGAGAGGAAGGAGAAGGAGCGGCUUGAGCGGCUUAGAGCAGAGCAAGAGAGGAAGGAAAGGGAGAGGGAGGCGCAGCUGAAAGCCGAGCAGGAGAGGAAGGAAAAGGAGAGGCUUGAGCGACUGAGAGAAGAGCAGGAGAGGAAGGAGAAAGAAGUAUUGGAGCAGCAACGACUGGAGCAGCUUAGGUUGGAGCAGGAGAGGGAGGAAAGGGAGCGGCUGGAAGUGUUGCAGAAGGAAGAGGAAAGGCGGGAGAAGGAGAAGCAAGAGCAGUUAAGAAUCGAGCGUGAAAAGAAGGAGAGAGAGGAACAAGCGAGGCUGCAGAAGGAGCAGGAGAAGAAAGCGAAGGAAAUGCAAGAACGGAUGGAGAAGGAACGAUUGGAGAAGGAGCGAUUGGAGAAGGAGAAGAGAGAGGAGAGGGAGCGAGAGGAGAAGGUAAGGAAAGAGCUAGAGAGAAAGCAGAAGGAGGAACAGGAGCAGCAGAGGCGGAAGGAAAGGGAGCGGAAAGAGAAGCUGAAGGCAGAUAGAGAACGGGUAGAGCGGGAACAGCGGGAGCAGAAGCGGAUUGAGGAAGAGAAGAAGGAGCAGGAGAGGCGCAAGGAGCAGCAACGAAAAGAAAGGGAGCGGCAGGAGGGAUUAAGGAAGGAAGAGGAACGGAAGGAGCGGGAACGGCAAGAGUGGCUCCGGCGAGAGGAAGAGAGGAAGAAGAAGGAGCGGCAGGAGCAGUUGCGACGAGAGCGAGAGAGGAGGGAGCAGGAGAGGCAGGAGCGUCUAGAGCAGCAGCGCAGGGAGCGCGAGCAGAAGGAGCGCGAGAGGCAGGAGAUGGAGCGCAAAGAGAGAGAGAGGCAGGCGGAGGAGCAGGCGCAGGAGGUGAGAAAGCAGCGCACAAGGCCCGCUGCUCAAGGCAGUGGGCUGGCAGGCAGCGCGUGGGCGAACGGGCAGGGAGGCCUGGCGGGAUUCAUGGCGGAGAGGCCCAUGGGGGAGCGCGCGUAUGCGCGCACCAGCAGCUUCCAGGGCGUUGGAUCCGCUGCCAUGAGCGGAGAGGCGGGCGCGCAGGGGGGGAGGCAGCACGGGGACGGGUGGGGAGGCCUGGGCGGAGAUGCGUGGGGCGGGUUCGGGGUGGGGGGAGUGGGCGCGCGCAUGGCGCGGCCGGCGACAGCGGGGGGGCGGAGGGAGGGCGCGUGGCCGCUGCUGGGUUCGCUGGUGAAGGCGGCGUCUGAUGUGUCCGCGUGGUCGUCUGACGUGCUGCUGACGGCGCAACCCGGGGAGGACGCGGGGGAAGACGCGGGGGAUGGCGCAGGCGCAGGCAGGAAGGGCGUGCAGGGUGGGCAGGAUGGGCAGGGGAUGGUGGGCGCGGGGGAAGAUGUGAAAGAGGGCGCGGGCGUGGGUGGAGCUGUUUGCGGGCGGGGAGGGGACAGUGUGGGGGAGGACAAGGAGAGCAAUGAGAGCAAGAUUCGCAGCCUGUUUGACAAGGCUGGCGCAGGGCGCGAGGGCCCCGGCGCUAAGCUGGGCUCGCAGGUCAUCAACCAAGGCGCGUUGGCCCUCAAGGGUCUCGCCAUGCCCGUGCUCUCCAUGCUGGGUGGCACCGCUGCUGACCCAGCCACUGCCGCCGAUACUGCACCUGCUGCUGCUGCUGAUGGCCCCAAGCCCACUUGGGGUGCGCCCAGCGCAGCUGGCUUUGCCUCUUGGAUGGGCGGAGGGGACGAGGGUGGCGAAGGCGGGGCAGAGGCUGGGGCAGAAGUGGGGGCUAGCGUCAGGGAGAAAGGAGGAGCGGGGGGGAGGAAGCAGCUGGGGUGGGAGGAUCUGGUGAGCAUGGACUUCGGGGGCGUGGGGGAGGACGCGGACGAUGGGGGCGCGGAUGGGGGGGCGUCGGGCGAGGUGGGUGUGCUGGCCAUGCUGCAGAGGGGACUGGCAGACGAGGAGGAGGAAGAGGAAGAGGAAGAGGAAGAGGAUGAUGUGAUGGCAGCGCUGGCGAGCAGUAGUGCAGUGCGGCUGGGGGGACCCAUGGUGGCGUCGGUGGCGUCAGCAGUGUCGGCUGCUGCCUCCCGCCUGCUCAAGGCCACUGCCAGUGAGGAGGACGCUGCAGCGUUCUUUGCUGCUGUGGACCGGGAUGCUGUCCGCCCUGCCGCGCCUGCCCCGCCCGCUGCUGCUGCUGCUGCUGCUGCUGCUGCUGCCGCCCUUCCAGAGCACACGCCACAGCUGCUGCCACGUGCAGAUGAUGAUGGCUCAGGAUUGGCGGCAUCUGGCUCUGCUAGGGUUGUGGAGGGUGGUGCUGGCGUGGGUGGGGGAAAGAGUGGGGUGGAGGGCGGGCAGAUGGAGGAGCGAGAAGAGGAGGAUGCGGCGGCUUGGUUUAUGUCUGCUGAUGCUGAUGGCGAUGCUGAUGCUGGUGCUGGUACUGUUACUGGUACUGGUACUGGUGCUGGUGCUGGUACUGGUACUGGUGCUGAUGCUGGUGCUGGUACUGGCACUGUUGAAGCUGACCUGGUUGACGGUGUGGAUGGGCAGGGGGAAACCACGGCUCCUGGUGUUGGUUCCGAUGCCACCGCACUUGAUACAGCCAUGGAGGGAGGUGAUGAGGGGACCGGUGGAGCGAUGGUAAGUGGAGAUGGCGUGGAAGGGGGAGAAGGGCAGUGGAGUGGAGCAGGUGAGCAGAAGAUGGCUGUGGAGGGCGGGGAGGCGGGGCAGGAGGGGCAGGCGUGGCAGGGGUAUCAAGACGGCCAGGCUGGAUGGCAGCACGCGAGUCGGGGCGAGGGGCAGUAUGGCGGGCAGGUGGAAGGCCAGUUUGAGGGGCAGGGGGAGGGGCAGUAUGGGGGGCAGGGGGAGGGGCAGUAUGGGGGGCAGGGGGAGGGGCAGUAUGGGGGGCAGGGGGAGGGGCAGUAUGGGGGGCAGGGGGAGGGGCAGUAUGGGGGGCAGGGGGAGGGGCAGUAUGGGGGGCAGGGGGAGGGGCAGUAUGGGGGGCAGGGGGAGGGGCAGUACGCAGGACAGGGGGAGUUGACAGCGGAACAGUGGGAGGAGCAGCAGCGGCAGUGGGCAGAGGCUUACCCUGGCUGGUACUGGGACUAUGCAGCAGGCGAGUGGAGGCAGAUCGAGGGCUAUGUGCCACCUGCUGCUGCUGACACCGCUGCUGUAGCAGAUGCCACUGCUGCUGCACAAGCAGAUCCUGCAGCAGUAGCAGCAGCAGGCGACGCUACAGCAGCAGGCGCCACGGAGCAUGCAGUAACGGAGGCAGUGUCAUUAGAGCAAGUUCCUCCCCAAGCAGAAGCAGCAGCGGGUGAGGCGGCCGUUGCUGAGGCGUCAGCCGCUUGGUCUGACGCCCCACAGGCAGAGGCGUGGCAAGGGGCAGACGAGGCGGUGGCGGGUGGGUGGGAUGGAGCAGAGGAGAUGCAUGCAGAGGAGAUGACGGAUGUGGCACAUCAGGUUGGGAUAGCCGCGGGAGAGUCAGCUGACGCUCUGCCACCUGCCCCUGCCGCUGGUUCAUCUGAGUUUCAGCCGGUGCUGAUGGCAGAAGGUGAACAAAGCAAGGAGCAGGCAGAGAGCAGUGUGCAGGAGGGGGUUACAGGAGAGGGCGGGGGUGAGCAGCUGCCGAGCAGUCCUGCUCUUCAGCCCCUCUCCUUCGAUGCCGCUCCUCCUCUGCCUCUCCUUCCUGACUCCCAGCCCACCGUUCCCCCUCUCUCCUCUGAGCUCACACAAGCUGGUGCGGGGAUGGAUAGCGGGGAGGAGCUGCGUGUGUGUGAGGGAGGCGAGGCAGGGAGGGCGGAGGUUGCACAGGAACAUGCUGCAGAGACAGACGCAGCAGGUAUGGAAGUGGGGAGUGCGGGUGGUGUGGGCGAGGGUGGGCAUGGUGCAGUUGACGCCGAGGGAGGCGAGGGGCAGGGGGAUGCUGACGUGCGGAUGGGGGAGGAGGGGCAGAUUGUCAGUGAAGCCGCUUGGGAGGUCCAGCAGCAGGAGGGGCAGCAGCAGGCGGAGGGCCAGGGCGUAGAGGCAGCGACAGUUGGUGAGUCGGGGGUUAUUGCAACGGAGUACCCAGGGUGGGUGGUGGAUGCUGUGACAGGCGAGUGGCGGCAGGUGGGCGAGGCGGCGCCAGCAGCAGCAGAUGGGGCUGGCGGUGCGGAGGGCAGCAGCAGCACAGCAGCAGCAGGGGAGGCCAUCGCGCUGCAGUACCCCGGAUGGCGCUGGGAUGGCCUGCUGGGCCAGUGGGUGCCCGAUGACCAGGCAGAUGCUGCCGCCCCUGCUGCUGCUGUUGCUGCGGAUGGGGCUGAAGCUGCUCUGGAUUCAACUGACGCUGUUGCUGGAGCGGCGUUAGCAGUAGAUGCUAUAGCAGCGGAGGCUGUAGCAGCGGAGGCUGUAGCUGGAGGCGCAGAAACGUCAGUUGCUUCUUCAGGCGAGCCUAUUGACGGGGAGCAGCAGUGGGUCCUGGGGGCAGAAGGAAGGGAGGCUGUAGCUCCAAUGGGGAAGGGGUCGGAGUGGAUGGGAGCAGGCGAGGGAGAGGUGGUGGAUGCAGCAGGGAGCGAGGAGGGCAUGGGGGCAGCAACAGAGGCAAUGAACGGUGCAGCAGCAGAGGGUGCAGAGGGCAACGGUAGUCAGAGUGAGGCAGUUCCAACGCAGCUCGCGUUGCAGUACCCCGGGUGGCGCUGGGAUGGCCUGCUGGGCCAGUGGGUGCCGGAUGACCAGCCAGAUGCUGCUGCUGCGGCAGGUGCUGCAGAUGGGUCUGAAGCUGCUCCGGACUUGGCUGAUGCUGCUGCUGGAACGGCGUUAGCAGUAGAGGCUGUAGCAGCGGAGGCUGUAGCAGCGGAGGCUGUAGCUGAAAGCGCAGAAGCGGCAGUUGCUGCAUCAGGUGAACCCAUUGCGGUUGAGCAGCAGUGGGUCCUGGGGCAAGAAGCAAGGCAGCCUGUAGCCCAGGGGUCGGAGUGGAUGGAAGCAGGAGAAGGAGAGGCGGUUGAUGCAGCAGCGGGAGAGGAGGGCAUGGGGCUUGCACCACCAGAGGCAAUGGGCGGUGCAGCAGCAGGGGGUGCAGGGGGUGACGAUAGUCAGAGUGAGGCAGUCUCAACGCAGAUAGUGGAUUCAGCUGAGGGUGCGGUUGAGGAUCCCUUAGGGAAUUCAGCAGAAUUUCUAAGGGCAGAGGAGCAAGUGUUGCCAGCAGGUGUAAAAGCAAUGGAGGCAAAGGGUUGGGAGGCAGACGAUGCAGGCAGUGAUGCAACAGCAGCGGGUGCAGUGGAGAGUUCAUUCGCGGAGGGUACGGAGACAGCAGCAAGUGAGGUGAUUGCAACGCAGUACCCUGGGUGGGAGUGGGAUGCUGUGGCGGGCCAGUGGGUGUUCACAGGCCAGCAGCCCGCUGUCGCUGCGGACUCUGCUGCUGCUGGCUUCACUGCUGCUGGCGACAUGGGCGAGACUGUGGCUCUGGUAGGGGCGGAAGAAGUGGCGGUAGGUAGUGAAGCAGGGGGCGCAGCAGCCGUGGUAGCAGGGGAGGGAUGGCCUGAGAGCGAGGUGAGUGGGGCAGCGGUAGAGUGGGCGGCGGAGGCGGUUGAGGGAGGCGUUGAGGGGUCGUUUGUGGGGUUUGAGGGCGAGGGGCAGGUGGUGAGUGAGGCAGGGGGGGAGGCGAUAGAGGGGCAGGCAGGUAGUGCAGGAGGGGAGGCAGAUGGAUUUGUGGAUAGCGGUGUUGAGGCUGCGACUGAAGCUGAGGUCAGUGCUCCAGAGGUGGAUGAGGUUUCGGAGGUAGUUGGAGGGGCAGAAGAGGGAGAGGGAGAGCAGCAGGUAGGGGAAGAAGCUGUGGAGGGGUGGACAGACGGGCUGCAGCAGGGAGAGUCGAAGGCGCUGGAUGCAGGGGCAGAUUCAGAACGUGCAGCAGCAGGUGCUGCUGCUGCUGCCAGUGUGGCUGCUGAGGAGAUGGCAGGUGGAGUGACAGCAGAGGCAGACGGUGCUUCUGUGGAGCCCUUGUGGGCUGACGCAGGUCCUGUGGAGGGAACCCAUGGUGAGGCGCUGGGGGCGGACGCAGGUGGUGCAGAGGAGGCAGUGGGAGAGGGCGGUGGAGGGAUGGCAGCAGUGAUGGCGGCAGAGGUAGAGGGUGCGGAGGCAGCAGGGUAUGAGGCGAUAGCAACGCAGUACCCUGGAUGGAUGUGGGACCCUCUCACGGGCCAGUGGGUGCCCACAGACGAGCAGCCCGCUGUAGCAGAGGCGGCUGGUGCUGCUGACGCUGGUGGAGCAGCUGAGGUCACGGGAGCUGCUGAUGCUGCUGCAGCUGGUGUGAGUGGGUUCGAAGAAGGCGGUGCAGUGCUUGAGGCGGCAGCAGCACCUGUGGUAGAUGCAGCAGUAACAGGGGCGGGGAUGGGGAUGGGGGAGGGCGAUGGGGUGUUUGAGGAGCAGGACCUGUCAGAGGACCCAGGGACGGUUGUGGACUCACUGGCAACGUCUGGGCCUGAGGCGGCUGUUGAGGCAGAGGGUAUAGCAGAGGCAGAGGUUACUGGGGGAGAGGGUGCAGCAGGGCAAGAGGGGUCGGCAGGGCAAGAAGGGUUAGCAGGAGAGGAGGGCACAGCAGGCGAAGGAGACGUGUUUUGGAAGGAGGAGGUGUUGGAGGCAGCUGCUGUGGCAGCCCCAUGGGAAGCAGAGGGUGGUGCGACAGAAGCCGAGGGCGGGAUAAGCACGUCAGUGUUGAGUGCAGCUGGACCUGGGACUGAGGUGGCGGGUGGAGAGGCACAGUCAGAGGCAGACGCACAGGUAGAGGCACAGGCAGAGAUGUUUGCGGUUAGUGGCGAGGCAGCAGGGGGCGACGUCAUUGCAACGGAGUACCCGGGGUGGGUGGUGGAUGCAGUCACAGGCGAGUGGCGGCAGGUGGGCGAGGUGGAGCCAGCAGCAGCAGAUGGGGCUGGCGGUGCGGAGGGCAGCAGCAGCACAGCAGCAGGAGGGGAGGCCAUCGCGCUGCAGUACCCCGGGUGGCGCUGGGAUGGCCUGCUGGGCCAGUGGGUGCCUGACUACCAGGCAGAGGCUGCUGCUGAUGGGGCUGAAGCUGUGGCAGCAGUGGCUGCUGUGAACGAGGGCGAGGCGGCAGAGGUAGCUGCAGUGGAGGCGGUGGGUGAACCAGCAGAGAGCUCGGGUGCGGAGGCUAUGGGUGGGGAGGCAGGGGGCGUUGAAGGCGGUGCAGAGGGGGAAGUGAUAGCGACAGAGUACCCAGGGUGGAGGUGGGACCCUGUGGUGGGUCAGUGGCUGCCCACGGACGAGCAGGUGCCUUCUGGUGCAGGCGCAGCUGCUGCUGCAGACGAAGCUACUGCUGCCGCUGUGGAGGUGGUGAGUGGCGCGGGGGAUGGGGCAGCAGCGGUGGCUGGCAGCGUGGCAGCAGUGGGGGAGAGUGCAGGGAGUGCGGAUGCAGUGGGUGCAGGCAUUGGGGCGGCGGAGGCGGAUGAGUGGGCUCAGUUUGAAGACACGGUGCCCAAGGAAGGGGAGGCAGAGGGGGGAGCUGCUGCAGGCGCAGGCAGUGCGGGGGCGUCGCAGGGCGAGCCUUCCAUGCAGCUGUCGUUUGAAGCAGCUCCGCCCCUCCCUGGCCUCGCCCCACCUCCGGACUCUCUUGCUGCUGGGACUGACGACGAGCAUGCGUCCGGGGCUGUUCUUGCUGCGAGCGGGGAGGCAGGUGCGGAAGGGCAAGGCGAGCAGGGUGGCGCGCAGGGAGUAGAGGCAGGUGCGGCUUCAGAGGUGAAUGCAGCCGGUGCGAGUGCAGCCGGUGCGAGUGCAGGAGGCGAGGUGGCAGGUGCAGCAGAGGGUGAGGCAGGGGCGUGGGCCCAGCAGGAUUGGAGCCAGUGGGGGCAAAAGGAGUAUGAUGCGUACAAUGCUUGGUACUACCAGCAGCAGCAGCAGACGCAGGAAGGGGAGGGACAAGCACAAGUCACGGAGUAUGGCAGCACGGAGGCAGUGGCAGCACAGAGUGCAGCAGCAGCAGGGGUUAACGGGGAAGCAGUGGCAGCAGAGGGUGCAUCCUCCUACCCUUCAGCACCAGGCAGUGCCGCCUCACAGCCUCUGCAGCAGCCGCCAGUGCCCAUGCAGCCACAGCCGUUCCUGCCCGCCCCUGCCCCAUGGGGAGAGGGUGGCGCAGCAGAGGCGCAGGGCGGCAGCAGCUACCCUGGUGGGUCGUCUCAGCCUGACCCUGGAUACGGCCCUGCUGGCUCGCGCUAUAGCCAGCCUGACCCCGGCUACAGCCAGCCCCAGCCACUGGCCCCCUGGGUGCCAGGCACGGCAGGGAAACCGGAGGCCGUGCUGUCGUCUGCAGGCCGCCCGCCACACACGCUGCUGGCGUUUGGGUUUGGAGGCAGGGCGGCCGUGGUGGUGCCUGGCAGCUCGCUUGGACAGACCAUGGGGUCGCAGGGGCAGGUGGAGCUGUCCCCGCCAGUGCAGCCAACACUGAAGCUGCUGCCCCUGCCGCACCUGCUCAGCCUCGCCGCCCACGACGGCGCCUCCACGGCCGCCAGCACCGCUGGCGCGCUCUACCUCGCCCCGCUCACCGGCAAGCACGCGCCCAAUGGGCCGCUGACAGCUGGCGGCAUGUCGGCCAAGGAGCUGAGCAAGUGGUUGGAGGAGCGGGCGGAGCGGAGUGGCGAGGAGGAGGAGGCGGAGGGAGCGGGCGGUGGGGGUGCAGGGGGUGUGGAGAGGGUGGAAAGUGUGGCGCUGCUGUGGCGGGUGCUGCGUGUGGCGUGUCAGUUCUAUGGGCAGUUGAGGCGGGAUGGCAUGGGCAGUCGCUCCGCACAGGUGCGUGCAGCGUGGUGGGUAGUUGUUGGCCUUACCGUGCAUGCUCCCAUGUACCACUUGCCCUUUGCCAUUUGUCGUGCACAGGGUGAGUCAUCUCCAGAAGCAGAGCUAGCCAAAGCACUGGUGGGGGACCGGGCUGGAGCCAGCGCUGCUAUAGCCGCCCCUGCUGCUACAGCCGGGCCCUUCCCCUCAGUGGCAGCGCCGGCAGGUGCAAUGGCUCCCAUGGCGCCAUACGCUUCUGCAUGGUCACCCCUGCCUGCUGCCGCCUCUGCUGCUGCCCGUGUGUCGGACCUCCAACUGCCCAUCCCCACGGAAGCUGCUGUUCAGGCAGCAGCGCGGGAGGUGAAGGCGCAUCUGGUGGCGGGGAGGCACAUGCAGGCGCUGGAGGCAGCCAAGGCGGGCCACCUCUGGGGGCUGGCGCUGCUGCUGGCGCAGCACAUGGGCGGGCCUAAUGACUCGCGCCUCUUCCUCUCCACCGCGCAAGCCAUGGCGGCACAGCAGUUCGCCCCUGGUGCCCCUCUGCGCACGCUCACUCUGCUGCUCACCCAGCAGCCAUCUGCCGUGUUUGCCUCUCCUGCUGCUGCCAUCGGUGGCACUGCUGAUGCCACCAAGACAGGCGUCAGUGGUGCUGCUGGUGCUGGUGCUGCUGGUGGUGAUGGUGGCAGCAGUGGGAGCAGUGACGAAGGUGUGCGAGCGAUGGUGGCGGAGUGGAGGGAGAAUCUGGCGCUCAUGGCAGCCACGCGCACGAGUGGCGACGAGAGGGUCAUUUCCCACCUGGGUGAUUGCCUGUGGCGCCUCAGGGGGGACGUGGCCGCAGCACACAUCUGCUACCUCGUGGCAGCAGGCAGCUUAGAGCCCUUCUCCUCCUCUGCACGCAUGUGCCUGCUGGGCACGGAUCACCUCAAGCACCCACGCACGUUUGUGACGGUGCAAGCCAUUCAGCGCAGUGAGGUGCUGGAGUAUGCGUUCAUUCUCGGCAAUCCGCAGUUCGUGCUGCUCCCCCUGCUGCCCUUCAAGCUUGUGUAUGCCGCCAUGCUGACCGAAGCAGGCCGCCCGGCCGCCGCCCUCAAGUACUGUAGCGCGGUGCUGAAGAUGCUCAAGGCGGGCGGCAGGGGGCGGGGGGUGGCGGCGGAGGUGGAGGGGUGGAGGGCAGCAGCGGAGCAGAUGGAGGAGCGGCUCAAGGUGCACGUGCAGGGGGCAGGGGGCGGUGGGGUGGCGGCAGCACGCGUGUUUGGAGAUCUCAUGAGCUUCCUUGAUAGAGGCGCCAGGAAGAUUGUCGGUGGGGGGCCUGCUGCUACGCCUCUUGCGCCAGGUGUCGCAUCGGCAUUGGGUGGAGGCGCUAUGGGGGACAUUGUGCCCGGAGGGGCUGGUAGCAAGCCAGGCUUGGGCGAGUCGUCUCGGUUUGGUUCGGCGCCGAACCUGGGGGUGGCUGGGAAGGCUAGUACGACAGGGGGAGGGGGGUGGUGGGGCCUGGGCAAGCGCGCCAUUCCUGCAUCCACCUCAUCCCCAGGCCUGCACAGCGCGUCCGGGCCGAACCUGGUAGGCUUGGUGGAGGGGCAGGGUGGGAGUGAAGCAGCUCCGGGUAGUGAAGGUGGUGUGGCGAGCAGCUACAGUGCUGCUGCUUCUGCAAUGGCUGGUGGUGGGUCAACGGGUGGCUGGUCUGUUGGUGCUGUGGGCGCAGCAGCAGGGGCGGACGGAGGAACGGGAGGGGAGCAGGGCAGUGCGUGGAGCGGAGGGAUGAGUGGGGGAGUGCAAGGGACGGCAGGUGGUGGUAGUGAGUGGGGGCAGGGGGUGGUGCACGCAGGGCAGGUGGAGCACAGCGAGUUGGCUGCGCAGCAGUAUGGUGGUUACGCUGGUGCAAUCAGGGAGGACGAGCCCCUCUCCAUGGCAGCCUUUGCAGCGGAGUGGCACGGCACACCCAGUGCAGCAGGGUGGGGGUCGGGGCACCUCACACCCAUCAGAGAGUCCCCCAGCGGGGAGGGCGACACUGACCUGGUGCCGCAGGCCCAGCCUGCCCUCGUGCCGCGCUCCCAGUCCGCCUCCGCUGCAGAUCUACCCGCCCCAGGUGCACCUGCCGCCAAGAAGGCCGCCCCGCGCAGCAGAUUCUCCCUGGCUGGGCUGCUGGGCGGGCAUCCGAGCAAAGUGAGCCCGCAGGAUAUGGCUGAGGGGAGCGCUGAUGCGACACUGACUGGGAUGGGUGGGAAGGCGGGAGCGAGUGGCGAUGGGGCUAGUGGGGGUGGGCCGUCAGCGUCGUCAUCGUCAGCGUCGCUGCUGGGCACGUCAUCGUCCAUGGGGCUGGUGACAGAGGAGGCGGUGGAGGGGCUGCUCACUAGUGGUGCUGGCAUGUCCAACAAGCGCAGUGCCUCCGCUCCUGACAUGGGGCAGGCCGUGCCGGCCAAGGGCAGCAAGGGCGGAGCGGGCAAGCCGCCAGCAGCGCCAGGGGGAAGGGGCUGGGGCGCCUCUUUGGCUACUUUUGGGGUGGCGGCUCUGCUGCUGGGAGCUCAGGGGGAGGAGGCGCAAGCGGGAAGCAGGCGAAGCUGGGGGGGGAGAACACGUUUUAUUUCAACGAGAAGCUCAAGCGGUGGGUGGAGCGAGGCAAGGAGGACGAGGUGGUGGAAACCACCCUCGCCCCGCCCCCCACCGCCUUUGCCUUCGCCCCCGCUGCUCCCGCCUCCUCCUCCUCCUCCUCUGCUGACCCUCCUGCCACCACCCCUGCUGCUCCUGCUGCGGCUGCUGAUGGUGCGCCGCCUGCUGCAUCUGCACCGCCAGCUGUCCAGUCAGCAGCUGCUCCUGCGCCAGCUGCUGAUUCCACGUCAGCACCGGCCAGCUCAGCAGCGAAGCCCGGCCCUCCACUGGCUUAUGCUGGCAGCUUUGGGAGGCGCAGUGCAGUGCGCUCCAG